AUGGCCGUUGCAAUGCUGGAAUAUAGCGGGCAAGAGCAACUGCGACAGCAGCAGCAGCAGCAGCAGCAGCAGCAGCAGCAAAGGCAAGAACAACACCCCAAGACUCACGAGAGAGAGAAUUGGAGAGAGAGGGAAAGAGAAAGAGGGAGAGAGAAAGAGGGAAAGAGGAGGAAACUGACUUCCCAGCUUUCAGCAGAAACGGCUUUGCAUUUCAUCACCAACAAAUUCCCGUCAUCUCGCGACCACGACGACCUCGACCACGAUCGCGACUACCUGACCGACACUUCACCUCGCGGCUUCCUUUUCUCCAUCCAAAGCUCCCCAAAGAUCGAAGGGAUCGGAUGGAUCGCACACGUGGUAGACGUCAUCGCCCUCCGUCUCUACCCCGCCGUGCGGUGGCCUCCACUUUCUCCUCUCUUCGGCCCUCCAUCUGGAAUCAACACGAGACUUGGGUUGUUUCUCCGAAGCUUCUUGGCCGUCCAUGUGUCGUAUCGGUCAUCCAUCCGUCCCGCUGCAGUUCCGUCGUCGCCCCAGUCCGCACAUCCAUCCCGCAAUCUGGCCGACAUUGAGACGAAGACUUGA